AUGGGUGAUGUAGAUCUAACCAACGAUGGCAUCGUCAGCCUCGAUUAUGAUUCUCGAGGAUACAUGUCUGCCCCUACGUGGUCCGUGGCGGUGGGCCAUCGCCCGACCCAGCACCACCAACAACACCACCAUCAUCAGCACCAGCACCAGCACCAGCACCAGCACCAGCAUCAUCGCGUCGAUGGUAGGAGACAUAUCUCGCCUCUGCAAACCAGCGGUCACCACUUUGACACCGCUGUAGCGCACGACCACGAUCUCAUCAGCGACUGGGAGUUUCAAAAUAGUAUACAACCCCUCCAUCUCCCGUAUUCGCAAGCUGAGGCCUCUUCAGCUCCCCAAUUCACUUCCUCUUAUUCGAUCCCGCUCCAGGCUUCGCCAAUCGAUCUCAUGCCAGCUGUUACCCAGGCUCAGCUGGGUCCCAGCCUACUCGACGGGCCCUACCACGUUCCUCUCUCUGCACCACCAGUCGAUAUGAUACCCUUUACCUUCCAGGAUUUCCACGCGGAUCUCAUGUCCUUUCCGACAAUGGAUGGCCUUCCAGAUGUAUCUUACACUUCCCAGAGUAUCCAGGGCAGUAGCUCUCCCACAGAUACGUAUUUGGAAGUCCGUUCCUUGACCAGUUCGAGCAGCGAUAAUGGCUGGACAGCCAUCGAGAAUCGUAGGUCACUCGACUCGCCAUACCACGAACAGGCCAUCUUCAUCAACCCAAACGAGACCCUGCAUAAUAGAAGCCUGUCCGAGUCGUCAUACUCCGAUCUGGAUCCUCACAACCCAAGGAACUCGUUUGGCAGUUUUACGGACUUUUCUCAUCCGAUAAAUUCGCCAAGUUCAGAAUCGAAUCUCGAGGCGGAGUACAACGCCAUAAAUCGAAGGCUGUCAUGUGACCUGGCCUCCCAUGGAUCGUCCUCUCCCGUUGCCGUGAGCCCUGUUGCCAUCGUCAGACCCAUUCCGGUCAAGAAAUCUUCGUCGCCUUCCAGGUCCCCGACGUCACAGGCGUCGUCUUCUCCUCCAAGUAGAAAACCAUCCCGCAAGAGCCCUAUUGCGGCAAAGACCUCAGAAACCAAAGUGCGAAAGCAAUCUCAGUCUGGAAAACCGGAGACUGAGAAACGCGUGGGGAAACGAAAGGGCCCGCUUAAGCCGGACCAGCGGAAACAAGCCAGUGAAAUACGAAAAUUGAGAGCUUGUUUGCGAUGCAAGUUCCUCAAGAAGACUUGUGACAAAGGAGAGCCGUGUGCGGGUUGUCAGCCAUCACAUGCCAGGCUUUGGCAAGUUCCUUGCACUCGCAUUGACAUCAAAGAAAUCGGCUACUUCAUGAAAGACUGGAAGGCCGAUUAUGAACGUCAUGUUACUCUAGGCUUCUCUGUGGGCAACAUCAAAGGUUUCUCUGAUGUUGAGAGAAUACUCUUCAUCACCCAUGGGUACGGUCAGGUGAUUCCUGUCACUGCUCGGGAAGUUUAUGUCCGUGAUGAAGAGUGCUUCAACGUUGAUUGGGUGGAAUCCAUGCAACGCAGUCCUAACAGCUUCGAACUCGCUACCGCAAAAUUAUCAGCUGGGAUGGAAGGGAUUACGCCCGCGAUGCUUUCGGAUUACCUUGACAAACAUAUUGACUGUGAGGGGAGUUUCGAGAAAUUUGUCGAGGGAUACUUCACUGGCACUCCGUUCCUGACGCAGAUGCUGAAGAGUACCUUCCGGUAUUACUCUCGAACUAAGCUCCUAGUUAUCCGGAAGGCACUGAAGCUCAUACUUGCCUACAACCUCACCACGCAUAUUACCAUGGCCGAAGGUGUCGGUGAAAUUGAGGACUUUACUGGCAAGGUUGACGAUGAGACAUCAAGGUACAAUGGCAAAAUAAUGGCGCCAGUCAUGAUUAAUUUCCAAAUCAAGUAUGGCUUGGCUACUAUGUGGCGAGAAUUGCAAAAAGAUGUUCUGGAGGAACUAUCAGCUCUUUAUUCCAGUGUUUACAGUGGUGACAAGCUGAAAAACUGGCCAACCAUCUUCCUCCUCGCCUCCAUACUGCUUGCAGUGUGGGAGGAGAUGCAGUUUGAUUGCCAUUAUCGUGUUCCUGAUGCCGCGGCCGCGGACAAAUUCUGCACUGAUAUGGAAACAACCCCUGUCGGUGUUAUCGUCGGCCUCUUCCAAGCAAUUUCACAGAAACUUCCGGCAUUCACCGAAUGGGAUUCCAGCAAGCAUCAUCACCUCCUUGGCUCGAAUGUUGAUGUCUGCGAUACUAUGACGGAGGUUCGCCAGCAUGUUACCAAAUAUGAAUCCUAUCUUCGAACUCGCAGCAAGCCAACAUUCGAUCGCAACGAUUUCGACUGUUUAUCAAAUAAAUUUGUCUCGAGACUGGUUAUUCGUGCGAACUAA